CCCCCCCCCCUACUUCGAGUUCUCUCCCGCCUCCAUUUCCCACCAAACCCUCCCCCAAAUUUUUCCGAUCCCCAAAAUCCCAACCCGACCCGAUGGAGAACUCGACCCAAGAAUCCCACCUCGGCCCGGAAAACUCCGUCACCUACGACUCCCCCUACCCGCUCUACGCCAUGGCGUUUUCCCCGGCCGCCCCGACCCGAACCCGCCACAACCACCCCCGCAUCGCCGUCGGCAGCUUCAUCGAGGAGUUCUCCAACCGGGUCGACAUUCUCUCCUUCGACCCGGACACCCUAACCCUAAAGCCCAACCCUUCCCUCUCCUUCGACCACCCCUACCCUCCCACCAAGCUCAUGUUCCACCCAAACCCUAACUCCCUCCACAAGUCCAACGACAUCCUCGCCUCCUCCGGCGACUACCUCCGCCUCUGGGAGGUCAAAGACUCCUCCGUCGACCGCCUCGAGCCCAUCUCCGUCCUCAACAACUCCAAGACCAGCGAGUUCUGCGCGCCGCUGACGUCAUUCGACUGGAACGAGAUCGAGCCCCGGCGAAUCGGAACCUCCAGCAUCGACACCACCUGUACGAUUUGGGACAUCGAGAAGGGCGUCGUCGAGACGCAGCUGAUCGCUCACGAUAAGGAGGUUUACGACAUUGCGUGGGGCGAAGCUAGGGUUUUCGCCUCCGUCUCCGCCGACGGGUCGGUCAGGAUUUUUGAUCUGAGGGACAAGGAGCAUUCCACGAUUAUAUACGAGAGUCCUCAGCCGGACACGCCGCUGCUCCGGCUGGCCUGGAACAAGCAGGACCUGAGGUACAUGGCGACGAUUCUGAUGGAUAGUAACAAGGUGGUGAUAUUGGAUAUUCGAUCGCCGACGAUGCCGGUGGCGGAGCUGGAGAGGCACAGGGGGAGUGUGAAUGCAAUUGCGUGGGCGCCGCAGAGUGCUAGGCAUAUCUGUUCGGCUGGGGAUGACUCGCAGGCGCUUAUUUGGGAGCUGCCGACGGUGGCGGGGCCGAAUGGGAUUGAUCCAAUGUCAAUGUACUCUGCCGGCGCGGAGAUUAAUCAGCUCCAGUGGUCAGCCGCGCAGCCGGAUUGGAUUGCCAUUGCGUUUUCUAAUAAGAUGCAGCUGUUGAAGGUUUGAGGAGGCGGCGGGGUGUGUAUUGCCUCCUGAUGUUGCUUCGCGAUGAUGUUUAAUCUGACCUGCACUUGCACUAGCUUAGCUGGAAGUAGUUUGAUCUUCAGUUACCUGUGAGGGAUAUUUGUACUUUUGAAAUCUGAACUGUUGUUUAUUUUCUUGGUCUCAUAAACCCAUUGUGAAUACUGUAUCUCUCCCUCCUUUCUUACCUUGGUUGUGCUUGUAACUGUUUAGCUUAGUGAGAGUCUCCCUCAAUCACGUGCUCUAUGUAUUCCCGUGUAUGAUUACUUGAUAGAAGUAAAGAAAGACCAAGUUCUCAGAUAAUUGGUUGGUUCUGUAGAGUGUAGAGAAUGAAGGGGGAGGUUUGAAGUUUUGUGUAGUUGUGGAUGACACUGCUUAUUAGUGGUUUUGGUUAAUGAAUGAGACAGCAUUCGUUAUAA